AUGAGCUACGCGCGCCGCGGCAGACGCAAGCACACCGAGCCGCGCACCCUAUCGAGUAACCUUGAGGGCCUAACACGCGUCGAUGGGUCUGCCCGCUUCGCUUUUGGUCCGUCCUCCACCGGUAUUGCCAUUUUCAAGUUUCCUCACAUUUUUUCUUCUCUAGGCGAAAGCAGCACGCUUGCUUCCAUCUCUGGCCCCAUCGAAGUGCGCAUCGCCGCCGAGCAGCCCUCUACCGCAACAUUCGAAGUCUCUCACCGCCCGCUGUCGGGAAUCCCGGGCACCCAAAGCAAGGCGCUGUCAGCGAAUGUCCGCGCAGCGCUCCUGCCUGCACUUAUUCUCACCCAAAACCCGCGCACGCUUAUCCAACUGGUCAUCCAGUCACUCACUCCCACUAAAUCGCGCCUCUCGGACACGCUCGUGGCCGCCUCAGUCAAUGCCAGCACCCUCGCGCUGCUCGACGCGGGGUCUGUGCCCAUGCGCGCCAUCGUCUGUGCUGUCGCAAUCGGACGGCUGACCAACGAUAAGACGCUGCUUGUAGACCCGGACUCCGAGGAGGAGCCUCACCUGGACGCCAGUGGGUGCUUUGCGUUUGCAUUUGGCCGCGGACCAGACGACGCACGGUGUGUGUGGGCCAAUUGGCGGUCAAUGUCCGGUGGUGCGGGGUAUGACGAGGAGGAAGUAGCUGAGGCGAAGGAGAUGGCGCGGGUGGCAGCAAAGAAGGUGUGGCGGCAUGUAAAAGAGGUGUUUGGCGAGGGAGAUGACGACGGGUCGGACGGGAUGGAGAUUUGA